GCAAUUUUGAUUCUCUAAAAAAGAAACAGAAAUCUUUUUUUUUCCCCAUAAAAUAAGCACACGAGAGAGAAGCCAGAGAAGCUCCCAGGCAGUGAGAGAGAGAGAGAGUUGAUGAAGAGGAAAACCCUUACAAAGAGAAGCUAUACGAAGAAAAACAGGAGGUCGAGCAGCACCACCGCCAAAAUGAAGAAGGGCACAUUAAUAACCCACUCGCAACAGGUUCAGCACCACCAAAUCCAAUCAUCUUCUGCCACCUCAGCAGCAGCAGCGUCAUCAUCUCGCUUCCAGAACGUUCUGGACUCCGACCUCAUCGAUCCUCAGCUGCUUGCUGAGGAUGUUGAUGAAAAAGAUUUCAUCCUCAGUCAAGAUUUCUUUUGCACUCCAGAUUAUAUCACACCAGACAAUCAGAACUUGCUCUAUAGUUUUGAUUGCAACAAGGAAAACAUUCCAUGCCCCAAAUCACCGGAGAAAGUAAACACUGUCAUAUCAAAAAAGCUUCGACAGGUUCAUCCUCUCAGUCCUACAUUGUCUGACCAGCAACCAAUCGUGGAUAUCGGGAAAGAUAACAUCAGUGAAGAAGAAAUGUUAAUUGAGAAACCAUCAACUCUGGAAACCAAAAAGCCUCAAAAUUAUGUAUCGCAAUCUGCUGUUUUUUUACGCUGUCGGGUUAUGCCCCCUCCUUGCAUCAAGAACCCGUAUUUAACAGAUGCUUCAGAAGUGGGUAUAGAUCCAUUUGGCAAUCAAAGAUCAAAAUGCGCAGGAUUUUUUGCAGCAUUUGCCGGCGGUGAUGGCCUGUCACGCUAUCACACAGAUUUUCAUGAAAUCCAGCAAAUUGGAACUGGGAACUUCAGUUGUGUUUUCAAAGUUCUGAAAAGAAUCGAUGGUUGCUUGUAUGCUGUGAAACAUAGCACAAGGCAGUUGCAUCAAGAUGCAGAAAGGAGGAAAGCAUUAAUGGAGGUUCAAGCUCUAGCAGCUUUAGGAUAUCAUGAGAACAUUGUUGGAUACUACUCGUCUUGGUUUGAAAAUGAGCAACUCUACAUUCAGAUGGAACUCUGUGAUGGCAGCUUAUCCAUUAAUAGAUCUUCUGAAUCCAUAACAGAGGGAGAAGCACUGCAAGUCUUACUUCAGAUUGCGAAGGCAUUAAAGUUUAUUCAUGAGAGAGGAAUAGCUCACCUAGAUGUGAAACCUGACAAUAUUUAUUUCAAGAAUGGAGUUUAUAAGCUCGGUGAUUUUGGAUGUGCAACACUUCUUGACCAGAGUCUACCAGUUGAAGAGGGUGAUGCACGCUAUAUGCCUCAAGAAAUCCUGAAUGAGAAUUACAAUUAUCUUGACAAAGUUGACAUCUUUUCCUUGGGAGCAGCUAUUUAUGAGCUUAUUAGGGGGUCAACUUUGCCACAAUCAGGAUCCCAUUUGUUUAACCUCAGGGAGGGCAAACUGCCUCUCCUUCCUGGUCAUUCAUUGCAACUUCAGAACUUACUAAAGGCCAUGGUUUGUCCUGAUCCGAUUCGGCGGCCUUCUGCUAAGGAAUUAAUCGAAAAUCCAAUGUUUGGUAAGUUCAAAGAAAUCUAAUAUCCCAAGCAAAAGCUUAACUGGAUUUUGACAGGAACACGAGUUUUGUACGUGGCUGCAUACGAUCAGCUACCCUACCAAGGAGGCCCAAUUGCAAGAUUAUGAAUGGCCAAUUUUGUGAGAAGCAGUCCCUUUGGGAGUACAGGCACCAAAUUUUCCUACCUGGUAGGAUGCAUUAUGAAUGUGUCAUGCUCAUCAAAUGUUGCUUUAUGAGCUCAAGGUAUGCAAUUGCAAUGAAAAUGCCAUCAGGACUAGGAUACUGAUGAUAAUCUGAUGCCGAGAUGGAUUUGGUUUAUGAUCUUGUGGAAUGGUGCAAAGGACUCAUGUAGCCGAUCCCAACUAGUCUGGGAUCAAGGCUUGGCUGUAGUAUACUGUGUCAAAGUUGAUGGUUGAUUUAAACAAUAGAUCAAAUGAUAAUCUCUUUCCAACCCGGUUCAUAAAACCUCAUUUCUGCGUAA